AUGGAUGAGGCUGCGGCUGCACGGGGCCUCUCGCUCACACACCCCAACGCAGCACAAUGGAACCACGAACUUAUGCUUGAAUUCCAAGCAGCACUCGAAAAAGAUCCAGCGGCGGACCUGAUGUCAAUUAUCUCUGAUUCAUAUAGACGAGAACAUCGAAAAGCUCAGUAUUGCGAGCUCUCUUAUGCAGCAAAAAUUAAUCUCAGAACAGUCGAUGAGCUCGGCGAUCAACUCAAGCACAAGCCAGAAGUCAACUUGCUGGAUGUGUUUCCAAAGAAUUAUGUUCGCAGGAUUAAAAUGGCGACUGCCGGCCGUACAGCGCCGUCUGCGGAGGAUACUGAAAAACCGAGUCCUCCGGAGUUCCGCACACGUCUUGAUCUCGCUGACUCCGCCACGGUUGUCUUUCCAUUGUCUGAGACAGUUACCGCUCUUCUUGCGAGGUAUUCACACCCAGAGGAACCAGAUGGUGCAGAGCAAGCACUGAUUUCCUUCCUCAAACAACUGCUUUGGGACUCGCCCAAACUCUGGGAAAGCUCCAUCAGAGGCGUGGUCGUCAAGUGCAAUGAGGAAGUCGUUGCCAAAGUGAUUACAAGUGAUACCAAUGACACCACAGAGUACACGGCCAUGCAGUACCUCGCAGAACGCGCGCCCGACAUCCCAGCCCCCAAACCCCACGGCCUAAUCAGAUUCGGACCCUUUCGCGUUAUCUUCAUGUCAUAUAUUCCGGACAUGACAUUGGCGCAAGUCUGGUCCAGCCUAUCACCCAAGGAGAAAGUCUCAAUACAACAACAGCUAGAUGAUAUUUUCCGUAGAUUGAGGACCCUUCGCCAGGAGGAUGGCAAUGCACUUGGAGGUGUCAGUGGAGAAGGAGUGAAAGAGUACCGUGUCGAUGAAUGCGCCCGCUGGAAAGAUAUUACCACAGCCAGAGAGUUUAGCGACCUACAAUUCUCCGCGUGCCACCAUGGCAGCAAGACAUAUAUCAAAUUCCUCCGCUCUUUCCUCGAAGAUGAGAGUGCUACCAUGCGCGGAUCCGUGUUUACCCACGGUGAUGUCAGGAGGGAGAACAUUAUGGUGAAGCAGGAUCCAUAUAAUAACAACGCCUACGUGGUCACUGGUAUUAUCGACUGGGAAGAUAGCGGCUUUUAUCCCGAGUACUACGAAUGCACGAUGCUGACAUGUACUCUGAGCCUGGUAGAUGAGAAUGACUGGUACCUUUACCUUCCGGAGUGCAUUUCGCCGUUGCGAUUUCCUCUGCCACAGUUGCAAGAUGACAAGAAGUUGCCGUGCGUAUCCACAGCCAUGAGCGAUGGCUCCUCGUUCGAAUUUGCUAAAUAUUGUGGGAUGAUUGCUGGUCUUUUCGGCAGAUCAUUGGCCGAGGUUGGGAAUGACUACCUAGGUAGUCGAGGAUUUACAACACUUCAUGAGGUCCUUCUACGAAUCAAUACCAGUCAAUCAUUGGAGGAGUUUCUCGACUCUUCAUCUCGAGCCGGAGAUAUUGCCGCUUUGAUUGACCAGCCAGAUUAUCAUCAUCGAACUCCUCUAACAUGGGCUGUAGAAUUUGGCUGGGUUUACGCCGUCCGAACCCUUCUGAAUUUUCGAAAGGCGACUUCAAUUCUGUUGUCGAGGUUUUGCUUGCAGAAGGCGUUGACAUUAAUGCGAGAGAUCAUGAAGGGUGGACACCAUUGCAUAUUGCAGCAUCAUGGGGUUACAUUCCUCGAAGGCUCGUGGAUAAUCAUGGACUUAAUUGGAAUGUCUUGA